UUCGUUGACGUGCACGUGUCUGGUAGAAUUAAAAAAAAAAAAAAGUUGCAGGAGAAUCAGUAGAAUUGGUUUCAAAGAGGAGAGAGCGAUAAAAGUAGUGCACAGCAGAGGGGAGGGAGAGCAACUUUUUUCCCUGAAAGUUUGUGCAGGCUUUCAGUUUCUAGGCGGGGUUAGUGUAAGCUGCAGCAUGGACUGAGAGAAACAGGACGGAGAGCGAAUGCAAUGCAGCAGCACACCGAGCUUCCAUCCAACUUCAGUACGCUCUCCAAGUCUCCCUUCUAAAAAUAACCAUGUACUCCCCGUACUGCUUGACACAGGAUGAAUUUCAUCCCUUCAUUGAGGCCCUCCUCCCCCAUGUCCGUGCCUUCUCAUACACCUGGUUCAACCUGCAGGCCCGUAAACGCAAGUACUUCAAGAAGCACGAAAAGAGGAUGACCAAGGAUGAGGAGCGCGCCGUGAAGGACGAGCUGUUGGGUGAGAAGCCGGAGAUCAAGCAGAAGUGGGCCUCGCGCCUGCUGGCCAAGCUCCGCAAGGACAUCCGGCCGGAGUUCCGCGAGGACUUUGUGCUCACCAUCACAGGGAAGAAGCCCCCCUGCUGCGUGCUGUCCAACCCCGACCAGAAGGGCAAGAUCCGCCGCAUCGACUGCCUCCGCCAAGCCGACAAGGUGUGGCGGCUGGACCUGGUGAUGGUCAUCCUGUUCAAGGGCAGCCCCCUGGAGAGCACAGACGGGGAGCGGCUGGUCAAGUCGCCCCAGUGCUCCAACCACGGCCUGUGUGUCCAGCCGCACCACAUCGGAGUGACGGUCAAAGAGCUGGACCUCUACCUGGCCUACUUCGUCCACACACCAGAACAAUCAGGACAAUCAGACAACUCAAACCAGCAAGGAGACACAGACGUCAAGCCCCCACCCAAUGGCCACUUGAGUUUCCAGGACUGCUUUGUGACUUCAGGAGUGUGGAACGUAGCCGAACUCGUCCGUGUGUCGCAGACCCCGGUGGCUACAGCGACCGGCCCAAACUUCUCCCUGGCCGAUCUGGACAGUCCAGGCUACUACAACAUCAACCAGGUGACCCUAGGACGGCGCUCCAUCACCUCCACCCCCUCCACAAGGACUGAAAUGGAGCUUUAUGCAAGUCUCCCACGGAGCUCCAACAAGCGCAAGUCCAUUGACGACAGCGAGAUGGAGAGCCCGGUGGAUGAUGUGUUUUACUCAGGCCGUUCCCCAGCGGCGGGCAGCAGCUCUCAGUCCAGCGGUUGGCCCAAUGAUGUGGAUGCAGUGCAGCACCAUUUGGCCAGUGUGCAGGAGAGGAAGAUUAAGCAUGAGAGCGAUGGAGUGCAGUUUCCUUACCAUGGACUCUCAUCGCCUGGUUCUCUUAAGAAGCCGGGGAAAUUCGAUUUCAGCGCCCUGUCCUCCCAGACGAGGUCCCCCCGCAUGGCGUUCACCCACCACCCACUGCCAAUGCUGGCGGGAGUGAGACCAGGGAGCCCCCGUGCUUCAGCCUCGGCCUUGCACUUCCCGUCUCCCUCCAUCAUCCAGCAGUCUGGCCCAUACUUCACCCACUCAACCAUCCGCUACCACCACCACCCUGGACAGGACCCCCUGAAGGAAUUUGUGCAGUUCGUCUGUGCUGAUGGCUCAGGACAGGCCGCCGGACAGCCGAACGGGAGCGGCCAGAGCAAAAUGCCAGGCUCCUUCUUGCUGCCUCCACCUCCCCCAGUGGCCCGCCCAGUGCCCCUCCCCAUGCCCGACUCUAAACCCAACAGCACGCCCCCUGACGGCGGACUCUCCUCGCCCGCAUCUCCGUCAUACUCCACGCCAGGCGCCACAGCUCCCAACAGGUUUGUCGGCAUCGGAUCACGGGACAACAACUUUCUGAACAUCCCACAGCAGACACAGUCUUGGUUCCUCUGACAAGAUCUGUGUCCAAACCAGCAACUAGAAUUCUUUCUUUUCAAUCGGAAAUAGAAAUCAGAGAAACAAACCCACGGGACAGUGAGUGUCCUCCAACCAACCCACCGACCGACCGGCCCUUACACGACGUCUCACCUAAUACAAGAUAUAACCAAGCAACGCAGGAAAUUUUUUAGCAGCAUGACGCUUUUUAGAGGAACUCUGGACUCAUUUACCCAGUGUGAGGGAAGACCCGUUUUCAAGGAAUGAUGGAUAGAUGGAAAGAUGAAUGGAUGGACAAGGGGAUGCCAGGAUAGAGGGGGGUAAAGGGGCAAAACAGCAGCAGCAGCAGGAAGGCAUCUGUCCUGAAACCACCCAACCAGCACAACACGGCAGCGACGCAGGAGGAACCUGAGGAUGGAAAACCGCUCCAAACGAAGGAUUGUGUAACCAAUGGCUACGAAAAUCGACAAAACGUCAGACAAAUCAGGUUUCCACAGCGCAGAUUACACAUAGCAAAAAAAAACAAAAAAACACCUUGAAUCCACAGCCUGAUCAAAGAUUUGGUUUCCAAUGAAAGCUGCAGUCCAUGCUACUCUGAUGUCUGUCAUCACCCAAAAAAAAAAACAAAAAACCACAAAAUCAAAUUGACCAAUGUUUCUCUCCCUCUGAAUGACCAUUGAUUCCCUUUGUACCCUACUACUACUAACUAGAAAGAGACCAUGCCAAAACAUAUCUUAAGUAAGGGUUGCACUACAAACUGAAUCAAUUAACACUAAUCGUAAUGAUGUGCACUAUCUACCUGCAAGGCAUGGGAGGUAAAACCACACUUGCCUAUUAGGAGUUUUUAAAGAGAACGGUAAAAGAAGCCUUCUCAUGUCCUCCUCCCAUCACUCAGUCCCACCAAUCAUAGGCCUACGCUCAUUUCACAUCUGCCCACACACCAACCAAUCAAAGAAGAAAAGUACUUGAGUUUUUCUUCAUGUAAAACACACCGUUGCCCAGUUGCACCGUUUAAAUUGUAGUAUUUUUAGGUGGUGGUGUUGUAUUAUAUUUUUACUUUAUAUGCACAUACAAUAAGCCCAGAAAACUCUCUCUACCUAUUAUUUCGAUAUCAAACAUCACACUGAAUAUCCCAGUUUUCACCAAUCUAGACAGCAGCUAUCGGUUCCCUCUUUCGCCCUCUUGUAAUGUAAUGAUUUUCUUGUUAUGUGUUCUCUUAUUUGAAUUUAUUCCUUUUGGAUUUGUACUAUUUUGUAAUUGUUUUGUAUUUGAAUGACAGCACCUUAUAGAGAAACAUGGUAAGGAAGCGGGACGUCGGAGCAGUUAGACAGGGUUGAAAGCCGAUCCGGAUCAAAUAGAGCUCAUGAAAAAAACAUACACAAAAGAAAAAAAAAAAAAAAAAACAGUGGUCCUCUCAGUUCCAGAUGAAUCAGUUCCAUACGUAAGAGGACUGUAGAGGACGACGCCACGCAGGGUUUUGACAAUCACAGGAAGCUUAUUUGAGCCCCGGUGGCGUGAUAGAAGCGAGGAGGGAAGGUUGCUGAAGAUGGGACCUAGAGGAAAAGACAGAGAUGCUCUUCUUUCCGUCUCCCUAAAAAGUUUACCCUGUUGUUUACACUCCCAGACGGGCCCCGGCUCCAAGAGCACAGGGGCCACACUGAGGAGCAAAAUGAAUAUGUGACAUAUCUGGCUGUUUUUUGGAGAGGGAACGAGGGCCUCUAGGCUAGCAGUAGGACCAUCACCCAAUGUGCCCACUUUGAUUUGUGUUCUUUCGUUUUAAAAGGGUCAACGUGAGAUUCACACAUACUUAAGAGCUUCCAUGAAGUCUGUGUCGGAGCGAAAGGAGCCAAAUGUUUGAUAUUAGCGAACUCCAUUUCUAAGCUAAAGACCGUCUCACUUCUACACGUCCAUGAU